GGGUCGUUGAUAAGCCGCAGCAUCCGCUGUCUGGAAAUCUGCUAUAUAAUAGGGUGUGGGUAACGCCAGUAGUUCAUACAACGAUCGACCGAAGUUAGCCACUGGCAACACGAUGACGACCACAACAACCAGAACAACAACAGCCACGAUGACUGGCAGUUCGGUGUUAUUAUUUUGUGCGGUGCUGCUGAUGAGCAUGUCCUGCAGCAUUCUGGCCCAAACAACUAUUUUGAACGAGGUAACAACUGUUGUCGAAGGCAGUGGCAGUGGCAGUGGCAGUGACGUGGAAAUACCAAAUAUCACCACAGAUCUGCCCGAGAGUACAACCAUUGUCGAGGAACUAACAGAGCCGACCAUUGAUGUAGUUGAUACAACAACAGAAAUAAACAUAGAAGAUGGCGGCAUAGAGACCACGCUCCCUCCCAACGUGCCAGAAGUAGAUCCGGAGACCACUGCACAACCCAUUGAGGAUCCAUCCACAGCCGGUUCCGGCGGCCAGGAACAGGAAGGUUCUGGCAGCCUCAUUCCACAGUUAUCAACUUCAACCCCCAGUGUGGAGCUGACUACUGUUCCAAGCCUCAUCCAGGGGUCGACCCUGACCCCGAUUGCACCAACACCUUCACCCAUAUUCAAGUGUAGAACCUCUGGAACUUUUCCGGACAUUAACGGCGAUUGUCGGCGCUAUCACACGUGUGUGACAGAUCCGCUAACCAAUGAACUGGUGAACUUAGAGAUGAGCUGUCUACCUUGGUUGGCAUUUUCACCUAAAUACGGUCGCUGUGUGCGGGAUAUUUCCGAUUGUACGAACGAUGAAUUUGUUUGCGAGAGCGCCGGGCGUUUUCCUGGCACCAAUGAUAUGUACUACUAUAAUUGCGUGCUCAGUCUGCGGGGUGGCUUCCAUAAGUACAUUGUGCGCUGCUCGGAAGGAGAACGUUAUCAACCGUUCCUGAGACGCUGCUGGCGAUAUGACUGGUUGCAUGAAUAUGCGGUACAGGCGCUGGAGGCCCUCGAUUUGGCGGCCAUUCAGAUUGAACAGAAGGUGUUCAAGGUGGAGGAGAAGCAGCGCCUGAAGGCCGCAAAACUUGCAGAGAAAACCGCGCUCAAGCAACAGAAAUUGGAGGAGAAACUAGCCAGGAAGGCGGCGAAGGAGCAGGCCAAAAAGGAAGCCAAGGAAGCCAAAGAGCAGGCCAUAUCCUUGGAGAGCGCUGAGCAGCCCAGUCUUGAAAACUAAACCACUCUAAUUGCAGACCAAAAAUCUAUGUUGGUGUAUUAACGCCUAGUCUCAAUUUUAGUUAUGAUUCUUAAAUAUUUGUUUUUGUCCCCACCCUCCCCCCUUCCAUUUUGCAUGAAUAAAGACAAGAGUUCUUUAAUAAA